AUGAUAAGGAGGAUCCUCACUACUGAUGGUAGAAUACUAACCUCGCCGUCAAAUAUCAAGUGUGAAGCGGUAAGACACUAUGAGGAUUUCCUAAAUGACAGUCAGCAAGGAGCUACGGGGAUAUCGCAGGAAGCGCUUCGCAGUCUAGUUGACUAUCAGUGCUCCACUGCAGAUGCAGCUAUACUUCAGGCCCCAGUCGAAGCUGCAGAGAUAUUGUUUUCGAUGCCCACAAAUAAAGCACCCGGGCCUGACGGGUUUCCCGUGGAGUUCUACAAAGCGGCUUGGACUGUACUUGGAAAGGAUUUCGUUACAGCUGUGCAAUCAUUUUUCCUCUAUGGUUUCAUGCCCCGCUGCAUCAAUGCUACGCUGCUAUCCCUAGUUCCUAAGACCACAGAUGCUGAGAAAAUGACAGACUUCAGACCCAUCGCCUGUUGCAACGUCAUUUACAAGGUAAUUUCAAAAAUUAUUGCUCGGCGUCUUAAGGUCACACUUCCGGAUGCUAUUGAACAGAACCAGUGUGCUUUCGUUGAGGGUAGACUGCUCCUGGAGAACGUUCUUUUAGCCACUGAGCUCGUCAAGGACUACCAUAAGUCUUCUGUCUCAUCUAGAUCGGCCGUGAAGCUGGACAUCUCGAAAGCCUUUGACACGGUUAGCUGGUCGUUUAUUGAAGACACACUUCGUGCAAUGAACUACCCAGAUUUGUUUAUCACCUGGAUUAUGCGAUGUAUAGACACUGCAGCAUUCUCGGUCUCAGUCAAUGGCGAGCUGGAGGGAUUUUUUUCAAGUUCUAGAGGCUUAAGGCAGGGAUGCUCCUUGUCUCCAUAUUUAUAUGUUAUCAUCAGUAACGUCCUCUCAAAGCUACUAAACAGAGCGGCAUCUCUUGGUCAGAUUGGCUACCACCCGCAAUGUAAGGAGGUGAACUUAUCCCACCUGAGCUUUGCUGAUGACAUAGUGGUCUUCUCCGAUGGUUCGCCAGCCUCACUUAGGAACACUCUUUCAGUCUUCGAAGAGUUUGCGGCUUUCUGUCUCCCUCAAGCUUGCAUCGAUGACAUAGAGAGUAUGUGUUCAGCGUUUUUAUGGAGUGGCUCUCCAAAUAAUACUUCUAGCUCCAAAGUUGCUUGGUCGGAAGUUUGCUGCCCCUAUGAAGAGGGUGGUCUUGAAAUUCGCAGAGUUAUGGAAGUGAGCACGGUUUUCAGUUUAAAACUUAUCUGGCGACUCUGUACUCAAUCCCCCUCUCUCUGGGGAGCUUGGGUUAAGCGUUAUCUGCUUCGGGGUGAGACAAUCUGGGAUUACAUAAGAAUGAGCAUUGGGAAUGGUCAGUUGGUGAGAUUCUGGACUGAUAUUUGGUUUCCGAAGGGUCGACUGUUAGAGAUUACUGGUGCUCUUGGAACUCAGAAAAUGGGGAUCACGAGAAAUGCAAGAAUCUGUGAUGUGUUGGUUGAUGGGGUCUGGAGGCUAAGGGACUGUCGGGAUCAGCAAAUUGCUGCUCUUGUACAGGAAAUCAAAUCGACUCCCAUAACGUUGAAUCAUGAAGCUGAUGGAGUGAAAUGGAAAUUGGGACCUGACUCUUACGGUGAUCGCUUUAUCUCCGCUGAAGUUUGGCAACAGAUACGAAGUCGCAAGGGCAAAGUGCCAUGGAGUAAGCUGGUUUGGUUUCCACAACGUGUACCCCGUUACGCGUUUAUCACGUGGUUAGCUUUCCGUGAUAGGCUCUCUACGGGUCAUCGCACUAGCAAGUGGGGUAGUCCGCAAGGGUGUCUCCAUUGUGGUGAGCCAGAUGAGACUAGAGACCACCUCUUCUUUGCAUGCCCUUAUACCUACACACUGUGGCUCAAGGUAGUAGGGAAUCUGUUUGGGGCUGAGCCUGAUCCGGAUUGGGGCAUCACUAUCUUGCGCCUUCAGACUGGUACCUAUGAUCGGAUAACGCUUAUAUUACUGAGAAUGGUUCUUCAGGUUACCAUCUAUUAUAUUUGGAGGGAGAUAAACGACAUGAGGCACAAUAACACUGCAAAACCAGUGGAUCAGUUAGCUCGUAUAGUCGACAAGGCAAUGCGAAACCGCAUCUCAUCCACUAGAUACUUCUUGAAGCCGAAGUUGAAGGAUCUGCUUUGUAGAUGGUUUGGAGCUCAUCUCACUUAA